ACACAACAAAAUGAAUAAGCUAAUCUUCCUUCUUCUCCUCUCUCUCGUCCUCCUCCCUCUUCACGUAUUUGUGGCAGCGCUCGGCAGCUGGAGUCCCAUCAGCGACGUUAAGGAUCCUCACAUCGUAAAGAUAGGCGAAUUCGCGGUCUCCGAGUACAACAAACAGAGCAAAUCGGGACUUAAGUUCGUGACAGUUGUUAGCGGCGAGUCUCAGGUAGUCUCUGGUGUGAAUUACCGGCUUGUAGUGGCGGCUAAUGACGGCACCAACCCGAGCAAAAACUACGAGGCGAUUGUACUGGAGAAGCCGUGGCUGAAAUCAAUGAAUCUCACUUCCUUCAAGCCAGCCACUAUUAAUGGUCGCUUCCUAUGAUGAGUUUCCAUGUAGCCUAUCUUUUAAAUAUAGCAAAUAAGUUAAAAUAAAUAAAGGAAAUGCUCAUUUCUGUAUUAUCUGGUUUUCUGAUUUCAUGUAUGGGCAAAUCUGAAGAAAAUGAUAUUGAACAA